ACUCCAGCAGCAAUGAGGCGGCAAAUGGAAGGCAAGGUCGCAGUAGAAUAUAAAAACACAUUUUCUCCACAUGGAAUAAGCUAAAGUAAGUCAUCGGUUAAAUUAUUAAUCUGUCAAUUAAGUUAAAAUUAACGUGUGCGAAAAGUUCCCAAAAUCCUAAAUUAGUGUUAUUGUUAAAUUACAUUAACUGAGAAUCUACUAUUUUACCGGCUCGUCUUUUUGCAACUGGACUUUGAUCUCUUGUCUCGCUAGAGAAUAUAUUCACAAUACGAGUGUGAUCUCUGAUCUCUGUUGCUUGUUCUGUCCAAACCGGAAUCACUUUCCCGAAUCAAUUUCCUAGAAAACUAUGUCUCUCUCGAAUGCGACUGGAGAUGGGGUCGAUGGGGAAUUUUUUCCAGAAAUUAAUGCCGUUUUUAACAAAAUCCUCCUUCCCGUUGGACUCGAGUCGUACCCAUUUCUGAUUGGAUGGUACAAUGAGCUGGUGGGUUCACACUUUGCACUGGAUUAUCCUCCAAAUACGGUGGCCUUUGUGGUACUCUCUGGUCCUGACGUGUUUGAAAAGUGUGUUCUUCCCUACUUACACUCUGUCUUGAGUCAAGAUCCGCAUCGUGAGAUCAACGAUCCUCUUGACGAUGCUAUGGUGCAUGGCUUUAAACUGGCUCAACAAGAUUUGAGUGCACUCAACUUUGAAACUGAGUCAAUCCAUGACUUUCAACUGUACCCUAGUCGCAAGCCCAAAAUUCUUGUCCAGACGGCAGCUCAUGUUGCUGGAGUGGUGCAAUACUUUCACAAAAGCAAGCUUCCACUAAAAAUUCAGGAAGAUCUCUUUGCAAAAGAAUCGAAAUUGGCAGGAGUUGCCCUUCAUCCCGUUUAUGGCGGUUGGUUCGCAAUUCGUGGAGUCUUCAUUUUCAAAAAUUUGGAACUCAAUCAAGAUGACAAACGAUUGGUUCGACCAGUUCCGCUUAAUUUGAUUCCGGAACAAGAGCGGAUUGUUACACUGCUCAAAGAAUUUGCCUACAACUGGGAAGAGGACAAAUGGAGAACCAUUUAUUCAGGAACCGGAUCCACCAAGUAUUCUCAAGAUUUUCAAGAUUUUCUCGCCACGAAACCUGGUGAGCGAUGGGAAUUUUUAAAGAGUCGAGGAUUUCUUAAAACUUCUUAACCCUCUCCCCAAACGUGGCCAUUAAAAAUUAUUACUUAUCUCGGAAACAAGGGUAGGAAAUGUCAGUGCUGCUAAAUAGAAGGCUGAAGAAACCGGUACAAAAAAGCGUGCUAAAUUACUAUAUACCUCAGGAACUUAUUUUUAAACAAUGGCAGCUCUAAAAUCUAUUUUGUAGCCAAAUAGAAGGCGAAAUAUACAGAGCAGGUGUUACAAAAUAAA